AUGGCGCUGUGCUUCCUAGUGAUCGCCUGUGUAAGUGAAGCGAAACCCAUAGACACCUGGGAGCAGCUUUCGUCCGUGGGUGGCAAAAUGUUCUACAAAAUGUUAGACUAUUUGGGCGACUACGACGAGUUCGACGACGACGGAGCUUCGACGAUUCAGAAACGGGAGGGCUCCGCCGCACUACUGCUGCCCAGCAAUCGCGUCGACUAUGGGGCCAAGAACGAAAAGUGCAAACUGCCGGUACGGAAGGGAGUUUGCCGAGCGCUGCUGCCCAGAUGGAGAUACGAUCCGGAAUCAAAAACCUGCCACGAAUUCACCUUCGGUGGAUGCGACGGAAAUGCCAACAACUUCCUAACGUACGAAAAAUGCAUGGACACAUGCAAGGGAGUGUGA